AUGGCCGAGCCGCCGAAGAGCAAGAAGCACCGCAAGGACAAGCCGUGGGACACGGCCGACGUGGCCCACUGGAAAGUCGACCAAUGGAAGGACGACGAGAACCCGACGGGCAUGCUCGAGGAGAGCUCGUUCGCGACCUUGUUUCCCAAGUACCGUGAAAAGUACCUCCGCGAAGUGUGGCCGAUCGUGACGAAGGCGCUCGAUGCGUUCAAGAUUGUGUGCGAGCUCAACCUGAUUGAAGGCUCGAUGACCGUGCGCACGACGAAGAAGACGUCCGACCCGUACAUCGUGCUCAAGGCGCGCGACCUCAUCAAGCUCUUGGGCGCGCUCGAUUCCUGUCAACCAG